AUGCCGCCGGCGAUAGGUGGCCAAUUUGGAAUGCUUGUGCCAAGUCCUAUACCAUCUAUCAACCCUAUGAACAGUCCAGUACGAGAGCAAGUGAUGGAAGCAUCAAUAUUUCAUUGGCCACCUAGCAUUACCCUACCUCAAGGCGCUAGUUACCCAAUACUUUGCGAGGAGCAUUUCGCGUACACCUCAAAUUCGGAAAGUGCGCCGUGUCAACUGCCACCUAUAUUGCCUAGGCUCCGUACCCCGGAGUGCGGGCUUGUCGGUCCUGGCACCAUCACGGCCUCGUCCACAUUAUGGCCACAACAAAUUGACAACCGAUUACCAUCAAUCAGUGAUUAUCUCAAACAAACACUACCUCCUGCAAUGCACUCACACCCAGGUCCCGGCGAAGCUUCUCUUGCGGUAAACAGCCCAGCCUGGGAGCACGUGCCGCCCAGGCAUUUUCACAUACCGAGCUUUAGAGCGGCCGAACGGGGCGUUCCGAAUAUUGAAGCACAAACAACUACGCCACAGACCUCACAGGCAUCAUUUCGAGCGAUUGGGCCUCGAUUUGGCGUGGCACCGUAUGUUGUCCCUGAGCAAGUUCUUGCUAAACUAGUAGAACGCUCAAAAUCCGGAGGAAAACACCCGGAGCUUUCUGAAUUUAGAGAUUCAGAAGGCUUGUAUUCUUGCCCUUUUUGUUUAAAACAAUUUGCUCGCGGAAUCGUCUUUGUGAAACAUUUGUCAAACAAGCACAACAACUUCAUUACAUGUACUCGUCCACGGGGCCAUUUUGGCAUAGUUUGA